UUUUUUAAGACAGCUUUUAUAUACCACAGUUUAUUUACUGCAACAAAUCCAGCUCCUCCUUUCAUAUUUUUCCUUCUACACACUUUGCUCUUUCCAUUUUUUGACUUGUUCCCUCUCUUAUAAACUCAUUCUUCAUUUAUCACCAUGGCUGUGCAUUUUCUUCUCCUUCUUUUUGCAGUGUUUAUUGUUGCAGCGGAUGAAGAACCAUUUAUUGGGGUGAACAUUGGUACAGAUCUCUCAGAUAUGCCACACCCUACUCAAGUAGUUGCAUUGCUUAAAUCUCAACAAAUUCGACAUAUUCGAUUGUAUAAUGCAGACCUAGCAAUGCUCACUGCACUGUCAAAAUCAGGAAUUCAAGUUGUUAUCUCAGUCCCUAAUGAUGAACUCUUAUCAAUUGGUCAAUCAAAUUCCACAGCUACAAAAUGGGUUCACAACAAUGUGUUAGCAUAUUAUCCAUCCACAAACAUCACAGCAAUUUGUGUUGGUUCUGAGGUUUUAACUACACUCCCUAAUGCAGCAAAACUUCUAGUCAAUGCUCUUAACUACAUACAUUCAGCCCUUGUAGCUUUGAAACUCGAUCGCCAGAUCAAAGUCUCCACGCCUCUUCCUUCGACCGUCAUACUCGAUUCAUUUCCACCUUCUCAAGCCUUUUUUAACAGUUCAUUGAAUCAAGUCAUUAUUCCAAUACUUGAAUUUUUGCAAUCUACAAACUCUUAUCUCAUGCUUAACAUUUAUCCUUACUAUGACUACAUGGAAUCAAAUGGUGCUAUCCCUUUGGAUUAUGCACUCUUCAAACCACUUCCACCAAAGAAAGAAUCCAUUGAUUCUAACACACUUCUUCACUACUCCAAUGUGUUCGAUGCUGUCGUCGAUGCAGCGUACUUCGCAAUGUCAUAUCUUAAUUACACUAACAUUCCAUUGGUAGUGACAGAAACGGGUUGGCCUUCAAAAGGUAGUUCUAACGAGCCCGAUGCCACGCCAGACAAUGCUAAUACAUACAACAGCAAUUUGAUCAAGCAUGUGUUGAACAGAACCGGAACGCCUAAGCAUCCUGGAAUUUCUGUUAGUACUUAUAUCUAUGAGCUUUACAAUGAGGACACAAAGCCGGGGAUAUUGUCGGAGAAAAACUGGGGACUUUUUGAAUCGAACGGCAUACCAGUUUAUGUUUUGCAGUUGACAGGAUCAGGUGCAGUGUUGGCAAAUGAUACAAGCAAUGAAACUUUUUGCAUUGCUAAAGAUGGUGCUGAUCCAAAGAUGUUGCAGGCUGGUAUAGAUUGGGCUUGUGGGCCUGGAAAAGUGGAUUGUUCUCCAUUGUUGCAGGGAGAAACUUGUUAUGAACCAGAUAAUGUUGUUGCACAUGCUAAUUAUGCUUUUGACACUUAUUAUCAUAUGAUGGGAAAGUCUACUGAAUCUUGUGAUUUUAAUGAAAUGGCUAUAAUCUCCACUUCAGAUCCAAGUCAUGGUUCUUGUAUAUUUGCAGGAAGACUUGGAAGAAAUGGCACCUUCUCUAAUGUCACUGCACCAUCACUGAAUUCCUCAGACUCAAAUUCUUUUGCAUGCAAUCUUCUCAGAUGUGAAUUGAGAAUUAGAAGUCUUCUAAUUGUGAUAGGACUUUUAAUAUGGGGAGUGAUUUUGCCAUAAACUUAUGUAUUUAUGUAAUAACAUGCAUUGCUCGUUUAAAUAUUUGGUGAAUGAUUGUUAUUUUUAAUUUGUCAAAAUGAAUUAUUGUUAUAUACAAGCUUGGUUGGUUAGACAA